GCAUUUAGUUAACGUGUGGACACCCAGCCGAACGGCAGCUGGCGCGGAUUAGGAAUAAGCAACAGUUCUAUAAUAUAUACACAUAUAUAGAAUGCUGGAAUACACCGACAUGUCAAUGAAGAAGCAACGAAAGUGCGUGCCGGGCAUAUGGACUCUGAUCGUAGCCGUGCUGCUCUUUGCGAUGACCCUAAUGGGCGUUGCUCUGCUGGAAGCGAAUCGAGCCCAGUCGGGUGACGUUUUCCUUGUGCGACGUCUGUGGGCGAAGUUUGGAGCAGCCACAAACGCAUCGGACGGUGCAGUUGCAGCCACUGUGGAGCGCAUAGCGAGGGAUGCCAUGAAUGCCAGUCGGACUACUGCAACUGGCAGGAGUAACAACUACUAUGAGGAGCAGCAGGCGGUGGUUGUGAAAGAGGAAGAUGCACCGCCGGCGAUGGCCGAGCGCAUAGACUCGUUUGGACCACCGCAGGGCAGAUCAUACGAGAUGGACUCCAGCUACGAUGCGGCUGACGAUUAUGGCGGGGAGCAAUUUGACUCGGCGGAGGAGGCAGGCGAGGGCAGAGCGGCCCAGGGCAGACCCAAAGAUUCCUACUACGCGCAAUGGCAAUAUGCCACCCAGACAACGGCGCCACCCGGCAGCAACAAUCGCAAGUUGCAGCCAGCAGGCAAUCGCUCGCCCUAUGCCGCCUACGAUGAAGUGUAUGACUAUCCCAUGGGCUUUCAGCCGCGCCCCCAGGAGCAGCCAGUCUCCAAGCAGGCCGUGAGCACUUCACCUGCCCACGCCGUCGCCUAUGCGCCAGUAUCCACGGAAUCAUCGCUGGUCACGUUCUUGAAGACACUGAAACAAAUGUGGGAUCUCUAUCAGGCAGUGAUGAGCGCCUGGAGCUCGGUUGCUGAGCGGCAUCAGCAGAGCGGCGAGCAGCUGAAGAAGGAGCGGCAGGAGAAACAACGGCUGCGCCAGCAACAGCAACAGCAACAGCAGCAAGAGAAUAAAUCCAGAAUCAAUUCCAAGAAACCACAACGGGGAAAUGGUAAUAAGGAUGCAAAGCCAAAUCAGAACAAAAAAGCUAAGACAACGACAACGACAACGUCGACGAGCACCAGUAGCAGCAGCAGCAACUCCGAUGAGGCGGAGGAGGCAACAACUACUUCAGUUGCAAUCGUAAAUGCUGUCAAGGCCAAUGCCACUGCGGAUUCUGCUCAAGAGAGCUCGGAGCGCGGCAUGCGACACAAGCGGGAGCCGGAGGCAGCCAGCACGGAUGUGGGCGAGGGGCGUUACAUCAAGGGUGAUCCGCUGAAGGGCUACUAUGAUUUCGUCAUCACCGAAGGCUCCUACAAAUUCUGGGCCGCCUUUCAGGUGGGCACGGCACUUCUUAUCAUCUAUUCCACAUUCGCUGCCAUUUACUACUCGAAAGUAAAUCCAUUGACCAGCGAUUACGAUUAUCAGGAUUAUCUGGGUGCCGGACGCUCGAUGACGGGUGGCGAUGCUGAUUUUGUGGACGACAGCGAACCAAGUACUCAAACUAAGUCCACUUCGCGUAUUAUGGAUUGGCUACCACGUACAGCUCAUUCACUGAAAUUCAUAUUGGAUGCCAUCGAUAAAAUGCCACUGGAUCAUGGACAUAAAGAGGAAACGGGCUGGUCAACGGGGAACAGCGAUACAACAGAUGAUGCAACAGAAGCAAGCACUUAGGACUACUAUU